UGAUGUUUUCUGCACGUUUCUAGCGUAAUUUUCUGCAUUUUCGUUAAAACAAAUCAGCAUGCCCGUAAUUUGUGCCGCACCGGGGUGCAAUAAUAAGUUUGUUAAGGGGUCGGAGAUACGAUUUUACAGGUGAAUGUAAUCGUUCUGGUUACGGACUCUUCGAAAUACCACAGAGAGAUUCCCUCUUAGCAAACCUCAACUUGCCACCAAAUGGGUCCAGAGCCUGGGGAUGAAAAACUUCAUCCCCACCGCCAACACCUGCCUCUGUUCUGAGCAUUUCAGGACCGACUGCUUCAGGGACUACAACGGAAAGCAGUUCCUGAGGGAGGACGCGGUGCCCACCAUAUUCGCCCCAGGACAGGAGACCUCUAGGAUUGAACUACGUAAAAGAGGAGUAAUACCAAAAGAAACAAAUGCAACAAAUCAGAUGGGGACGCAAGCAGACAGAGACAGAACAAGAGAGGCAGCCAUGCGCAGAGACAAAAGAGGAGGAAUCAGGGGAGCACGAGGAGGCCGCGGAGGAAAACAGAUGACUGACAGACAGAGUGUUGCAGCCAAAAGCAGAGUGUACGACAGCAAGGGCCGGCUGCUGUCCAACGGCAAAGACAUGUGUGACUGCCUGGAUGUGGAUUGUAUGGGCUGCUUCUACCCCUGCCCCGAGUGCGGCUCCAGAAAGUGCGGGGUGGAGUGCCGCUGCGACCGGAAGUGGCUCUACGAGCAGGUGGAGGUGGAAGGUGGAGAAAUCAUCCGGAACAAAUUUGCGACUUAACAUUGAUGCCUUUUUUGUAUUCAUUUAAAAAAAUUGUUAUCAAUAUCCUCUUAUUUCCAGUCAACUUCAGCCUGUUGAAACAUUUUACAGUGAGAUGCUUUGUAUAAAAUAGACGAUGUAGCUGUUAUUUAAAGGUAUUUUUUUAAUCAUGCCAACAUGUGUUAAUAAACAUUUUGCUUUGUUUUUUUGUUAA